AUGUUUCGAACUUUCUUCCAACCGUCAAAAUUGAUCUUCACCGCGGUUCGCUUCAAAACAGUUCCUCCAAAAACCGAUGCUCUGAUGAAGUUCGACACCUGGGGCGCUCGAAAAACGUUUGUAAAAGAAGUGCCUCUGGAAAGGCCGGAGAAUGAAGCUCUUUGGGGAGAGCAAAGGGUCGUCAAAUGGUCAAGGAGGAAACAGGAGAUGGUGGUGGUGACCGAGAAACAAUCGCAAAUCAAAGAAAAAAUAGACCGCGUUCGCGGACGAAUCAGCAGAACCUUCAAUCCUUUUUCAAAAAAGGACAUCAUCGAUCGCCACUUCCGCUAUCAGCUCCGUCGCGAUCAGAAUUUCUACUACAUGGCAAAUCUGCCCUACAAUCAAGAAAAGCAGCAAGAGUACCUUUCCGUUGCGGGCCCAGUUGGAAUGGCGGCGCAUGUUUUGAUGAACAAAAUGGAUUGUGCGGUUUAUUACGAGUGUCAAAAUGCACCCGAGGGGACUAUGGAAUGGGUGGAGGAUUUUAGAGCGAUGCAGAUUUUCGAUCCAAGGGAGCUCAAUAUCAUCGCCAUUGAUGCUCGCUUCUCCAAGCUGGGAUUCUACGGUUUGGAAAACUUGAAAGCAACGAAGAAUCUGAAGUAUUUAAAUGCCAGCUACACGCGCUAUUUUGACGAUCAUUGUAUGACGCGUCUGCACAAAGUGAGCGAGACGCUGGAAUACCUCGAUCUGGCGGGCAGUUCCAUCACCGUCAAGGGCCUCGGCUAUUUGCGACUAAUGACGAACUUGAAGUGGAUUAAUUUGUCAAAUCUCCCAAACGAGCCGAAUAUCGAAAAGUAUCUACCGUUUAUUAAAGAAAUUCUUCCUGCUGAUUGUACGAUUAUCACAAAAGAAGAAGAGUCGAUAGACAAGGAUACUAAACUACUAGAAGCGGGAGAAACCUCUUCGUUUAUGUCAUCAAAAGACAUCAGAAAACUCUUCAAACUUCCAGAGCCGGGAAAAAUGACCGGAACGAGCUUUUUCUCCGCUCGCGCUAGAAGAAAACAACUGAUGCGCAAUUUCAAUCGAAAAGUAGAAAUGAAGAAGAUAAAGAAACAUUAUUACAGAAAAGCUGCUGAAAGUUUGCCACCUUUAUUAUAA